UCUCAGGGGAUGGCCCAGGUCCAGGAUGGACACACACCAGAAUGUGACAGCCCUGCGAUGUUAGAGGAGAGCCAUGAUGGAGUGAACAGCCUGACAGCCGGCUCCGCUCGACAGGUCUGCCUUCAACGCCACCCUACACACGGUUUCGGCUUCAUCGCUGGCAGCGAACGCCCCGUCGUUGUACGCUCCGUCUCAACAGACGGUCCAUCAGACGGCAAGCUUCUGCCAGGGGAUCAGAUCUUGGCCGUCAACGGCGAGCCGGUUCAUGACGUUAUCCGGGAAAGAGUCAUAGACCUUGUAAGACGGUGUAAAGACUCCAUCGUACUGACAGUCAUCCAGCCCCAGCAGUCUCCUAAAUCUGCCUUCAUAAGUGCUGCCAAGAAAGCUCGCCUGCGAACCAACCCCCCAAAAGUGCGCUUUUCUGAGCAAGUGUCAAUCAGCGACCCAGACUCAACAAUGCUCAAAGACGACUCCUUGCUCCUCAUACCAAAUGUGCUGAAGGUGUUUCUGGAGAAUGGACAAAUUAAGUCGUUUACAUUUGACAGUCGGACCACAGUUAGGGAUGUGAUCUCGUCCCUGCAGGACCGUCUGUCUCUGCGCUACAUCGAGCAUUUUGCACUGGUUCUGGAGUCCGGAGGACUGGACCAGAGCCCCAGGCUGCAUCUGUUGCAGGAGCACCAACCCCUGUCUCAUGUGGUGCACAGGACCUACUUCCAGGGGAUGAGGUGUCUUUUCCGCAUCUGUUUCUUUCCGAAAGACCCCGCCGACUUGCUGAGGAGGGAUCCUGCUGCGUUUGAGUACCUCUAUAUACAGAAUCGCAAUGACGUCAUCAAAGAGCGCUUUGGCACAGACUGGAAGUCUGAGGUCACGUUGAGACUGGCGGCACUCCACAUCUUCAUCACUGUUUCCAUAGCGAGGCCCAAUCAGAAAAUCUCCCUCAAACAUGUCGAGAAGGAGUGGGGUCUGGAGCCCUUUCUGCCGCUCUCGCUGCUCCCCACUGUCAAGGAGAAGAAUGUCUGCAAGACGCUGUCCCAGCUCCUCAAGACCUACCAGCAUCCGCCUCCGGCUGGCAAUAAGGUCCCCCCUCUCCAGGGAAAGCUGCAGUACAUGCGCGUCCUCAACGACCUUCCCCCCUUUGGGGGCCUGCUUUUCCACACCGUGGGCCUGGACGAGAAGCACUCGGCCACGACUCUUCUGGUGGGGCCUCGGCACGGGAUCAGCCACGUCAUCGACCUGAAGAACAACCUGACCACCGUCCUGGCGGAGUUCAGCCGCGUGGCCAAGGUGCAGCUGUACCGCGAGCACCAGGGGGUGGCCAGGGUGGAGGUCAGCAUCAUAGAUGCCAAGCCUCUUGUACUGCUGAUGGAGUGGCCGGACGCUUCGAAUUUCGCCUGCCUGAUCUCGGGCUACUUCAAGCUGUUUGUGGAUCCCAAAAGGACCGUCUACUACAGGACACCUGGUCAGUCUCAUAUGAUCAAGGCAGAUUACAGAAGCUCGGUCCACGGUCACUCGCGUGAAGGACGGGGGGGCGGCGGUGGCAGCAGUCGGCGAGGUGAAGAACGGGAACGGGAGAGGGAAGGAGGUCUGUCCAGAGAACCGUCCCAGAAGGCGUCCGGCGGCAGCUCGUCCUCGCACGGCCCACCCCCUUCGCAGCACCUCGGCCUCUGCCACAUCCACCUGCGCGAGCAACAGCAACUUCGGGAGCUGCAGGAACAGGCCGAGGAGCAGCUGGACAUCAACGAGAACCUCGUCACCCAAGGACGCAGCCGCACCAAGUCCGACCCGACCCUCAAGAGCGCAGAGUCCAUCGUCGCCUGCCUGGAAAGCCCUACGGAGAGAGAAGAGGGCUUCAGGAGUCGGGCGAAGACCCUGGAGCCCCCGCAUCGGUCUGGCCGCUUCUUCUGCGACUCCUGCAAGGCCAAGCUCAAGGCUGAGGGUCUGAUGGUGGAGGACGGAGCAGGCGGCAGCAGUGGCCGUGGGAAGCAACAGUGCUCCAGUGCAGGAGCCUGUGUCUCCCGAGACGGAGGAGCAGUGGACCUUAUGGCGCUGCCUUUGCCCGGCAGCGAGGAUGACGAGGAGGAGGUCGACGAGGCCAUGGUCACCGGGACAUUGCAGCCUCCCCCUCCCGCCAUCGCCGCCCCUCCACCGGGCUUCCGGGACAACAGCUCCGACGAAGACGAUCCCAAUAAGAGCCGCAAGCCAACAGGGGAAGUUGCCGCGGCGAUAGCAGUCGGAGGCGCUCAGCAGGAGGUUCCGGUGUCUAUAAUCGAUAACGUGGCCACCAGGACGGUGAGGGACCACGCCCAGGAGCUGGACGACGCGCUAGUGUCCACGCUGCAGGCCCUGGAGGCUCUGGCGGCCUCUGAGGACUACCCCCAUCACCACCAGCAAACCCCGCAAACCGCAGGGUUGAUCGUGUUGGCAGCAAUCACCCCCGAGUCGUCCCUCGACUCCGGGCACGAGACCAACUCCUCCGAGCUGACGGACGUGUCCGAGAUGGUGUCCGCCAUGAAGCAGCACCAGAACCAGGCCUACCUGCUGGCCCACCACAUCAACAAGGAGCGCAUCUUCAGUCGCAGAGACUUCCCGCUGACGAUACCCGGCUGCACGGCCCAGACGCUGGGCACCGGAGCCUUUUCCAUGACGCAGAUACGAGGCGGCUGCCCACCUAAACAGGUGAUACUCAGCAAAACGGUGCCCUUAAAGGUCAGUCCAGGACAAGGUCAAGGACAGGGGUCUUCCUGCCCCGUGGGCGAGCAGAGCAAAAUGCCACAGGAUCGUCUGCCACAGGCGUCUGAGGUGGUGGAUACAGCCAAGCCUGCCAAAGAGCCAGUGAAACUGAGCCCGACCGACUCCUCUGCCGUGGCCUCUGAGGACCUGAAGACUGUCGAGCAGGUGAAAACACCCACGGGCAGUAAAAACCAGAAACUGUGUGAGGGUAAACUGAGUCCCAACACUUCAGAGAGCAUUAAAGGGAAAAUGUCUGGGCAGGCGAGCCCAGAGGUAACCAACAAAGCCUUACCCAUUCUCUUGCCUGUAGAUAGAAUCGCUUCUGCCAAGCUUAGCCCCACAAAAUUGUGCCAAGAUGCCGAGACUGCCUCCAGUGAGACCAUCAAGCCUUUAAGCUUUAAGGGCCUUCUGCCAGUUGAUGACCUCUUCUGCACGUGUCCAAUAAGGCCUGAGCCGGGUCCCCAGUUGCGUCUAAAGGACCCUCAGGCUCAGAAGGUGUUGGUGUUUCACUCCUCCUCGCCCACCGAUGACGAAAGACUUCGUGCCAAGGGUCUACAACUGGCCAGCUGCAAAGAGGCCAUCGUGCGUACAACAGACUCUAGUAUAGCCAAGCCUACCAUACACCCGCCACCAAAAUACUCCCCACACAUGCCAAUGAAAACAGAACUCAAAGAGACACCCGACGACAAACCUGAGAGCAAGGUGGCCACAGAACAGAAAACUCUAACCAAAGCCUCGUUGCCGGUCCUGGUGGAGACGACACACAUCACCACUUGCGGAGAGAAAGGCGCGACCAUGCCGGGGGCCGAUCGCAAAAAGCAAGGCAGCAGCAAGAGCAAGUCCCACCGCAGCGCACCGUUCCAGAGCUUCAGGAACCUGAUCUCUGCCACGUUUCCGGCCCGUCUGCGUCGGGAGACCGACGAGAGGCGCGCCCAGCUGCAGAAGGUGCGGCAGUAUGAGUUGGAGUUCCUGGAGGAGCUUCUGAAGCCCAAGGCCACGUCACAGGGCGACUUCCUGCCCCAGGGGUCGUCUCCGGUCCCGGCGGGCACGCCAUGCUCCUGCCAGCUGCGCACCAGCCCGGUGCAGAAGGUUCCCGGGAUCUCUCGGGAGCAGAGGCGCAGCUGCGACUGCAAGAGGAUAUGUCGCGGAAUGAGGCUGCCCGACACGCCAGUGGGGUCCGCCGUGGAGCCGCGUGGGCGAGAGAGGCCGAUUUCCAAAACGCCCCCUGCCAAUCCUAAGGCUCCCCAUCCCCAACAGGGUGCUCCUCGGAGACCUCAGACCCUGGAGAUUAAAACGACAAGGAUCCGCUCCACCAGUCUGGAGUCGAGGGAGCUUCGGGACACUCCGGUGUCCUGCUUGCCCACCUGCACCUCCCGCGUGGAGUGCAUGGGAGCAGCGCCGCAGUACAAGAAACUCCAGCGGAGGUACAGCAUCGGCGAGCUGGACAACAACAACGAGAGCACGCCCCUGUACGCCGAGGUCAAAUCCACCAAGGCCAAGAGUCUGGAGAAGGAAAUGGAAAGAGUGAGGGCCACGGGGCUUAGGCUCCCCACCCCAGUGGACCCACCCAUGCACACCCAAAGCGGCGACAUGAAAAAGAAAGGCGUCUUCUUCAUCCAGGGCGAGGAGAUUGUGCGCGAGACCCGCGAGGGUACCAGCGAGGUGCUGUUGGCCAUCCCCAGCGAGGGCAGCAGCGACGACCGGGACAAGUGCUGCUCGUUCUGCUUCUGCUACCGGGGCAAGUGCGAGGCGGCCGACUCCAGCAGCGAGAAGGACGAGCUCUCGUACUCCAUCCCGCUGCAAGUGCUGCCCGGCAUGCAGAUCGACUCUCACACCGUGCCCGUGGUCAGCAAGACCUUGCAGGUGCUCAACGCCGAGGACUGCAGCGGUGAGGAGGAGGAGGAAGAGGAGGAGGACGAGGAGGAGGAGGACGAGGAGCCCCAGACCCAGGAGAUCGACCUGCGCGCCUGCAGCAGCCUGGAGGCCAGUCUGGCCCGCGUGCAGUCCCUGCAGGGCAAGAUGUUCUGCCUGCCCGACGGCUUCCUCAACGCGCAGCUGGACGCCAACGAGCUGCUGGCCAUCCUGCGCCAGUGCGCCAGCAGCCCGCAGAUCGAGGGCGAGCCGCGCAUGCCCGCCGGCCGGCUGGCGGAGCACAAGCAGGAGCUGGCCGUGCGCUUCAAGGAGUUCCGCGCCUCCUGCCGCCGGGUGGCCAGCGUGGAGAAGAGCCCCACGCGCAUGCUCAGCGCCGUCACCGCCAGCUUCCAGGUGCUCUGCAACCUGACGCUGACCUUCAUCCAGCUGGUGAGGGGCCUGCGCUCGGAGACGCAGAGGCUGCAGCUGCUGCGCAAGGUGGAGGAGGUGGCCGUCAACUACACGCUGCUGCUGCGCGCGGCCGAGGAGGCCAUGGGCCACUCCAGCAGCCUGCCCAACAAGAGCGCCAGCCCCCAGGCGCCCGCCGCUGCCACCCUCAACGCAGGCUCCCUCCCACGCCCAUUCAAAACUCUACCUGCCAAGUAA